AUGGCUGAUGCACUUGCCUCCCAACUUCACAACACUAAGCUGAGUGAUGGGAGCUCAGAAGCAAAAUUACAGGACUCUUUGAAGCUUCCUCCCAAGGAUGCUCGGCCACAAACAGAGGAUGUCACAGCCACUAAGGGACUCGAAUUCGAAGAUUUUUACAUCAAGCGAGAGCUCAUGAUGGGCAUUUUUGAGGCUGGGUUUGAGAAGCCUUCCCCGAUUCAAGAAGAAACUAUUCCAGUUGCUCUCACCGGUCGAGACAUUCUGGCUCGAGCCAAGAAUGGAACAGGUAAAACAGCAGCUUUUGUCAUUCCUACUUUGGAACGAAUCAACCCAAAGAGCACCAAGACUCAAGCCUUGAUCCUAGUUCCCACACGAGAGCUGGCUCUUCAAACGUCCCAAGUCUGCAAGACGUUAGGGAAACACCUGGGUAUUAACGUCAUGGUUACUACGGGUGGGACAGGUCUGAUGGAUGACAUUAUUCGUUUGAAUGAUGCUGUUCACAUCUUGGUCGGAACUCCCGGCAGAGUCCUUGAUUUGGCUAGCAAAGGUGUUGCCGAUUUGUCCGAAUGCCCUACCUUCGUGAUGGAUGAAGCGGACAAGCUUCUCUCCCCUGAAUUCACACCCGUAAUUGAACAACUUAUGUCCUUCCAUCCCAAGGACCGACAGGUCAUGCUUUUCAGUGCUACAUUCCCGCUCAUUGUCAAAUCCUUCAAGGACAAACAUAUGCGCAAUCCUUAUGAGAUCAACCUCAUGGAUGAACUCACCCUUCGCGGCAUUACACAAUACUAUGCCUUUGUGGAAGAAAAACAGAAAGUCCACUGUUUGAAUACCCUGUUUUCGAAACUGCAGAUUAAUCAGUCUAUCAUUUUCUGCAACUCGACCAACCGCGUUGAGCUGCUAGCGAAGAAAAUCACGGAAUUAGGUUACUCCUGCUUUUACUCGCAUGCGCGCAUGCUUCAACAACACCGAAAUCGGGUCUUCCAUGAUUUCCGCAACGGCGUGUGCCGGAACUUGGUCUGCUCUGAUCUUUUGACCCGUGGUAUUGAUAUUCAAGCUGUCAACGUCGUGAUCAACUUUGACUUCCCAAAGAAUGCGGAAACAUAUCUUCACCGUAUUGGUCGCUCCGGUCGCUUCGGACAUCUCGGUCUUGCUAUCAAUUUGAUCAACUGGGAGGAUCGUUUCAACCUCUACAAGAUUGAGCAGGAAUUGGGCACCGAAAUUCAACCUAUUCCCCAAAACAUUGACAAGAAGCUUUACGUCUAUGAUUCGCCAGAAAACAUCCCUCGCCCCAUCUCCGGUCCUCCGCAGCCCCAGAUUACUGGCCCGCAUCCCGGUAACGGGGAUCGCCAGCCUCGCCGCCAAAAUCAUCACUCGAAUGGUGGGCAGUACUACAACAACAGAGGUCGAGGCUCUUACCGUGGUAGUGGUCGGGGACAAGGUCCCCGUCGGGGUCCACCAAACGAUGCCGACAGGGCAGCCUUUCCCCUUGGUCAAGUUGGAAUCAACCCACCUGCUCCUACAUCCUAA